UCCCAUUCCCCACCCAACCUUUUCCUCUCGCGCUAAAAACCAACCUGAAUGGCCUUCCCCUGUUGCCGUGUGCGGUGAUUACGUGACUCGUUUAUGUGUCCCCCAAUCCCCUCCAGUCUCUGCCUGUGUUAACUAACACAGAUGUAGCUUUAACAGCUGUGCCUCCGCCCACGUGUUAAGGUGAUGUGUUUGUAGUCAUCCAUAGUUACAAAAUCAAAUUUGGAGAAGGCUGUAUGACUUCAGGAUCCCGAAAGCUCAUUUUUCUCCGGCUCUUAUGAAUGCGUAAGAUAAUUUCGAGAACAGUUUGAGGAAACCAACCUUGGACAAGUCUUGAACAUUGUGGGGUGUAGAACCAAUCAAGCAAGCUGUUGCGGGCUGCUCUUAGGGGAGCGCUUAAGCCAGCGCCCCCGGAGAUGGAUGUCUGUGACCUGAACGGUCCCUGGGGCGGACAUGUGACCUCUCCUUACACCUGUGAGGAGCUGGGUCUUGAGACUAACAGAGACGACGUGGCUCCUCUGCCAGACAAGACACACGCUAUACAACAGCUACAUGCUCUCCUCCCCACCAGACCAGACGUGGCAUUCCUUCGGACUGAUCAUCCCUUCUUGCUGCGUUUCCUUAGAGCAAAGAAAUUCAGAGUGGGAGAUGCUUUCAUUCUCCUUUGUCACUACUUCGAGUACAGACAGCGCCACCGUGAAUUAUUCCGUGGAUUAAAUGUCGCGGGUGGCGGAGAAUCUGGCGACAGCGAGACAGGAAUUCAGGCAGCAUUAUUGGAUGGCUUACCAGGGGUGCUGGCAGAGAGAGACCCAUGUGGUAGACCUGUUAUAGUUCUCUUGGCUAGCAACUGGGACCACUCCAGGUAUGAUGUACGCACUGUAUAUCAAGCUGUUUUGCUAACACUGGAACGUCUAGUGGAAGAUGAAGCAGUUCAGGCAGCGGGUGUAGUAGCUAUUCUUGAUUGGUCAAAUUUCCCAGCUCGCCUCACUACAAGCUUAACACCAAAACUCCUCAGACUCAUGCUUGAUGGACUUCAGGAUGCCUUUCCAUUGCGUCUAGGUGCUAUGCAUCUGGUCAACCAACCGUGGUAUGUGGACGCAGCACUUGGUCUCGCUCGACCUUUUCUGAAGGAAAAACUUCGCUCUCGGAUACACUUUCAUGGCAACAACCUGGCGACGUUACAUGCUCAAGUACCGGCAAGGCUUCUACCUGCUGAACUAGGUGGUGAAGGUGGAGAAUAUCAUGCACACACUUGGGCUGCCACGAUGCUCACUUAUAUACCAAAGCAAACCCAGCAGAAUGAUACUGCUGUACACAGUUCCACCUCUACAAAACAAACUCCCAUGCAGACGGCAACUGAUAAGCCUACGCCUCUGUGUUCCUCGGCCUCUUCUAGUGAAAUCCCGUCGCCCAACGAAUCGUCUACAGCCAAUACUGCUGUUGCAGCCUCACAGAACACUCCAUUGGUAAACAAGAUGACCACAACACCCAGAACAUCUACCAGCUUUGCUUCAAUGCUUUUUGGAAACAGUGAUAUUGACACCAGUGGAAAUGUAAGUGAAGGAGAAGAUGUGGCACUCAAGGCACACUAACAUCUCAAGACAGUGGUGGGUGGUUAGAGCUUUAUCAUCACACGACGACGACAUUGAAGCAUAACUGUUGUAGUGUGAUCAUGUCUACUCCACAUAGAGGGCACAGUACUUGUGUCAGUUCCCAUGUGCUUCACGGGUAGUUGAAGACUGUCUUCAAAGUAAUUGUAUUACCCUGCAUCUGAGCACAUUAUGUUGAUGUUUAAUGUUAAAAAAUCGAAAGUAUUCUACAUGUUAGUUUGGUAAUCCAUAAGCCAAAUUUAGCAGUUUACUAGCAUUGUAAUAAGAGGUAUGAAAAGGUGGAUGUUUUGCCACUGGCUAUUCAGUACUGAUAUUAUUUUUCUUACUUUUUUUCCCCUUUUCCAACUGUGGAAAUCAUCAAUUGGAGUUGCUAUUUCUUUAUUUAAAUUACUUUCUCAAGGUGUUUUUAUCUUUAAGGGAAGUGAUUCUCUAAAUGUGUGUUCCCAGGUGCAAGCAAAUGCCAACUGCUUCAUUUAUGAUAACCAAACAUACAGAAUUCUGAAUAAAUAUUUAAGUUCUUCCUUCAGAAGUCUCAUUAACACUUUGAAGGAAGUCUGGGGAAGACUUUAUUAGUUGUUCUUGGAGGGGAAGAGGCAUUACACACUUUCCCACUACUGUAUUACCAUACUGUACUAAGAAUUACAUAUCAAGAUUUUUUUCAAAUUUUGGGCAAAGUCUAGUCAGAUUUAAUACUUUAUUUUUUAAAAAACUUAGUGGCUGGCAAAACACAAGUAUUAGGUACAUUAAAUGUUAAUACAAAAAGCAAGCAAUUACAUAAUUAUCAAAACUGCCUGUAUAUUCAGACCACCUAUAUAAUCAAACCACUACCUAAUGGGCACAGUAUCCAUGAAAGUCAGCAUUGAACCAUAGCCACUCUUGGAUAUUGUACUGUAAUUUACACCUUAAAUGUAAGCACUAUUGAACAAAUGUGGAUUCUGACAAAUUCUGGUCCCAAGGCCACUUUAGCACUAGCAACAACUUUCAAAUUUAGUGUUAACAAAUUUAACUGGUCUUUGCCAUGUGCUGUAUAGGACCUGAUUGCACAUUACAGUACUGUAGAAGCAUUUUCUGUAAUGACCCGGUCCAGUUAAGGAUUCUAUGCUAGCAAAAAUUUGAUCUAUUUACUUUGGCAUUACUGGACUGAGACUUUGAAUUGACAUCAUCUGAACUAUGCAAGUCUUUAAAUUUCAGCUUUGAUUACAAUAGCAUUAAAAUUAAUGGAAUUAGACCAAAUUAUCCCAUCCCUUUGAUGGUCUAAUUAAAAUGGCCCACUGCAUGUUUUUUUUAUCAGUGACGGGCCUCUGUGCUGUAGGCCCGUCAAAGGCCUAUUAAUGCACUUGAGAUAAUGGAAUGAUGAGGUGCAAAGAAAAAGUACAUAAAAUGGUAGAUAACUUUAGGAACUCUUAAGCAGUUUGAGCAAUCCAAGUUACACAGGCAACAAGAUGUAAGGCAUUUCAAGAACAUUAUUUAUAAAAUUUAGUGUACAAAUGGACAAAUCCACAAGGGCCGUGACGAGGAUUCGAACCUGCGUCUGGGAGCAUCCCGGCCCUUGUGGAUUUGUUCAUUUGAUGCAUCACGUUAGUGUGAUCUCUGUGUGUGGUUUAGUGUACAAAGUGUGUGCAUGAAAGAAUUUCCAUUAUCAAGCUAUUUCAGUCCUAUAUUUGGGUGCACUCAAAGCUCAGCCACACACAAUUUAUCCUCAUUUCAAAACAGCAAGUAAUUGCAGAUAUUGAAGCCAUGCAACGACAUUGACUUUAGAAACGUGCACCCCACUAUUCUAUAAGGAUCAAUUUUUGUACCCAAAUUGCCUUUAUUUAUUUCCACUGAAUGCAACAAUUUAUAGAACUUAAUAUGACAGUUGCUUUCUCAAACUGAAUUUGCUUUUCCAUAAAAGUAUUGCUAGGCUAAUGUUCAGCCCAAAUAAAGGCCUAUUAAUACAAUUAGUCCUCUUACAAAUUAUGUUGCUUUUCGCUUGUACACGCUACGGCCAAAUAUCAAUGUAAUUCAAAAUAAAAAAAUUCAAUUAAAAUUUUUUUUUUUUUCAGAAACAAGUUAAGGGUCCUCUGGUAAGUUAGGAAGGCAGAAAGUUCUCCUAAGGUUUCAAAAUGUCAUGAAAGUUUCCUCUCCUAACCUAACAACCUAAGCCAGAGUACCCAAAAUUGUACAGUACUGUACAUCACUUUCCUGAGCCGAUUUCAUUUUGAAUUACGUCAAUUUUUAGUCCCGAGUGCAUAUACAAGCACAAAGCAACGUAAUAUGUAAGAGGAAAGUUUGAAUAAUGAGUGACAUUUUGUGCGCUAUAUUUUUUUGUUAAAUAAAAUGCUUCCAAGAAUUUCUUUUUUCUCCUCCUUACCAGUGUUACUUUGUUCUAAUAAAGCAAAGAAGUUUCAGGAUGCAUUACACAUCCUGGCACAUGCACACAUUUCCGCCUCAACUUCAGUACAAUACAGUAAAUUAAAUAUUUAUAUUUUUCUAGUAAGUAUUUAUGUAAUCUAAUUCUUUAUGUAAACUAAUUAAUCCUGUCACUGAAAAUAUUUGACUCACUCAAUUAUACAUUUAUGUACCAGACUUUUUAGGAAAUAAAUUUUCCAAACAAA